CUACCCGCUCUCCAGCUCUCAGUCCCACUCCAGCCCAGACUCCAGCAUGACCGGCUCCUGCUGCGGAUCCUUCUCCUCCCAGAGCUGUGGGGGAGGCUGCUACCAGCCCUGCUGCUGCCGCGACCCCUGCUGCUGCCGCCCAGUGUCCUGCCAGACCACAGUGUGCCGCCCUGUGACCUGCGUGCCCCACUACACCAGGCCCAUCUGUGAGCCCUGCCGCCGCCCCAUCUGCUGCGACCCCUGCGGCCUGCAGCAGGGCUGCUGCCGCCCCAUCACCUGCUGCCCCAGCUCCUGCACCGCCGUGGUCUGCAGGCCCUGCUGCUGGGCCUCCACCAGCUGCCAGCCCAUCUCGGUGCAGGCUCCCUGCUGCAGGCCGCCCUGCUGCCAGCCUGCCCCCUGCCGCACCACCUGCAGGUCCUCCCCCUGCAACACCUGCUGCUGAGCCGUGAGCUGAGCACCUGGGACCAGAGCCAUCCUUUAGAGAACAGUCAUGUCCCGGUUUCUCCGCGUAACCUCCUGCCCUUAACCACCGAUGCCCUAACAACCAGCUUGUGAAUGGAGGCCUAGAACUUCCCUUUAAGGCUGUGCAAGUCUUUGCCCUUCUUUCUGUCUUGGGUCUAA